AUGGCAGCAGCCACCACAUCAGCCACCUCAUUCUCCACCGCUCACCUCUUCCGCUCGUCCUCCCUUAACCUCAAACAGCCUCUCUCCCUCUUCUUCCCCAACCCCCGCCACCGAUUUCCAUCCAAGUCCCUCCGCUUCUCCGCCGCCCACAAAAUCUCCGCCACCAUCUCCGUCGGCGACAAGCUCCCCGAUGCCAUCCUCUCCUACCCCGACGCCUCCGAAGAGAUCCAGACCAUCUCAAUCGCCGACCUCACCGCGAAUAAGAAGGCAAUUUUGGUCGCCGUGCCCGGGGCCUUCACCCCGACAUGCUCGCAGAAGCACCUCCCUGGAUUCGUCGAGAAGGCGGCGGAGUUCAAAGCGAAGGGCAUCGACACCAUCGCAUGCGUCUCCGUCAACAACGCCUUCAUCACGAAGGCAAUGAUAUUCCUCAUCACAAAGGCAAUGAUAUUCCUCAUCACGAUGGCAUCGGGAAGCUUGUCGCCGAAGGAGAUGGUGGCGGAGAUUUUGGGGGCGGCGGAGAAGCGGAGGGACUGGGAUGGAAAUGGGCGGCAAGGGUUUGGGAAGAAGAGGGAGAGAGGCCGUGGCGGAGCCAGAAAUUUAAUGUGGGGAGCCCAAACUACCACUAAAAAAUUUAUUGAGUGUGUUCAAUACAAACGACAUGAAAAUAGCUCGAAUGUGAGCAAUAUAAAAAGCCACGCGUAA